CUGGGCACCUUGCACGUGGCUCUGAACAAUUACGGGGCCGAGGAGGAUCGGUUGGACGGCUCGGGGGAUUCGUUUGAUUGGCAUAAUCAAACCCCAAUCUAUCCACGUCUGCACACAUUGUACUACAGCGAUAACGGGAUCACCAGUUGGUGGACCGUGUGUCGUCUGGGUCGUUUGUUCCCGGGACUGGAACAUUUGGUUCUGUUGGGCAAUCCGUUAUCCCACAUCCCAGCUCCAUUGCCGGCCAAAGAGACAGUGACCGGGGUGAAACCGGUUGACGAGGUCGGUGCGUCGUUGCCCGCGGUGAAUCUGGGUCCCAUCAAACCGACCCCAUUGACCGGAAAAUUGACCAGUGCAACACAAUCGGUCACGUCAGCCGGUUCAGCUUCUCCGAACGGGCUCACUCGGCCGAGUCGUCUUUUUGGUAGUUUGCACACCCUAGGAUUGUCCGAGACCUUGAUCAAUCGAUGGGAAAGUGUGGACGCCCUAGGUGAAUGGAUGCCCAACAUGACCAAUCUCCGACUGGGAAACACAUUACCCGUCUUUCAGGUAUAA